AUGAAGCACUGGUGGCAGAUUUUUGUCCUGUGGGUCUUCUGGGUGCUCCUCUUGUGGCUGAUGGCCCCGUGUCUGGAUCCUAGACCUGAAUCGGCCCCCCAGGAGAAACUGAUGGUCUUGGUACCACUGCAUUGCAACUGCCCUUGGCUCAAACUCAGGACAAGUGGCUGCCCAUCUGAGAUGCUAAACUCCUCCCUCCGGCACCACAGAGUUGGAGAGGGGAACGGGUUUGCUGCAUGCUAUGGGAAGACCGUGGAGUACCUGACUGGGGCGACAGAGUCCCUGACCCCUGUGCUCUGGUGGUUGGGCAUGAACUCAGCAAGUGGGCUUGGCCAAAUGUGGGAGAAGCUGUCCAAGGUGAUUCCCAGGCCCUCAGUGAGCCAUUUCCAUCUCUACUGUGGGACCUGUGCUUUGGUGGGGUACCCCACGACCCUGCGGGCCUCUGGCCUCAGCCACAACGUCAACCAGUGCACCGCAGCCUUCAGGAUGAGCCAGGGCCAUGCCCAGGGCUUUGAGACGGCGGGGAACCAAACCACAAGACGCUUCGUCUAUCCCUGGAACGCCAGCAUCCGGGGCUCCUGGAGACAGCUGGUGCUGCUGCUGAAGCUUUCUGGUCUGGCAUGGACUUCAGAUGCCCCGAGUGAGGAGGUGAUGGUCUGGGAACCCAGACGUUCUUGGUGCGGGGGUCAGGGGAGAUUCUGGAAGGUGGUCCUGUUCCCUAGUGGAAUGGAAGGCAGCAAAGACCAGUAUGAGGAGGAGCAGCUAGUUGUGCUCUCUUUGCUGGGCUCCGGGGUCACACUGUGUGUUCAGAGUGUGUCUUCCCUGGAGAAGCUCCUCAUGAAGCUGGAGACCACCAUCUCCAGAGCUCCUGGGCUCUAUCUCCUCCCUGACUCCUUUCUCUACUCCGAUGAAGUCCAGCCUCCUCUGUGCACCAACGCUGGGAGACCCAACCCAGGCCAGCAGGCCAAGGAGGAACUAUUUCAGCUGAUCCCCAGGCCGCAGCAAAACUCCAAGACCUGCCCACGCCAGUCCUGCACUGAACAGGUUCUAGUGACCAACUUCACCGUCCUCAAGUACAUCCACAAGACCUAG